AUGCGCGUAUUUAAGGCCCUCCGCAGGUCCAUCAAAGGGGAGAAGGACCAAAAGGCCCCUCACAUCUCCAUAGCUCCAAAAUCUGCUGUUGCGAUUGUUCCUCCGAAAAAGGUUAUUCGAGCGCUUUAUGAUUACGAGGCGCAAUCAACUCAGGAACUGAGCUUCUCUCGAGGCGACUUUUUCCAUGUCAUAGGGCGAGAGAACGACCCGGACUGGUACGAAGCAUGCAACCCCGCGCUCCCAGACGCUCGGGGUCUGGUUCCCGUUGCUUUCUUCCAGGCUCUAGGCCGCACCGAGAGAGACAGCGCACAGUCCGAUACAAGCCAGCCACGAACCACUCCGACGACAAAGAACCCCGAUCAUGACUCUGGUUAUGCGGAGACGUCAACACCGUCGGCCGGUGCGAUGCCAACUCCCGCGAUGAGCCAACGCAACUCCAAGUCGGGAGGCAAGUCAGGUGCAAUGGUGUACGGAAUCGUGAUGUAUGACUUCCAAGCGGAGAGGGCGGACGAAUUGGAAGCCAAAGCUGGCGAGGCCAUAAUCGUCAUCGCGCAAUCGAACCCCGAAUGGUUUGUGGCCAAGCCUAUUGGAAGACUAGGCGGUCCGGGCUUGAUACCAGUCUCAUUUGUUGAGAUUCGAGACAUGGCAACGAACACUCCCGUCCCCAAUCCCCAAGACUCCAUACGCAGGGCAGGGAUUCCGAAGGUAGAGGAGUGGAAGAAAAUGGCCGCAGAAUACAAGAACAGCAGCAUCACUCUUGGCAAGUUUGAAGCAGGCGGAGCACCGCAACAGUCGAUGGAGCAAGGAAUGGAACGCAUGAGCUUGCAACAGGGCGGUGGUCGUACGAGCCAAAUGAACGGAGCGAAUUAUCCAUCUGGCUACAACUCACAGAGAAACACCCAGAGCCAGAGCCAGAUCCAACAAAAUCCGUAUGCAGCCAGGUCUAACUCGCAAUUAUUCGCCCCAAUUUCCGCACGCAUACCCCGUUACUGCUUUGCUGAGGACAAGUAUUGGUUUGUUAUCGAGGCUUCUCUUGAAGAUGGACGGCAUUGGGAGCUAUCGAGAUAUUACGAGGACUUCUACGACUUCCAAAUCGCCCUCCUCACAGAGUUUCCAGCUGAAGCCGGCAACACAGGCACACAAAAGCGAACGCUGCCGUAUAUGCCUGGUCCCGUUAACUACGUUACCGACGCUAUCACGGAAGGAAGGCUUCACAAUCUGGACGCUUACGUGAAGAACCUUCUAGCACAGCCCGAGUACAUUUCGAAGUGCAAUCUGGUCAAGCAGUUCUUCGCUCCUAGGGAGGGUGAUUACGAGAUUGACGCCAACACUGCCGGCGAGGAGUAUAGACUCUCAAAUGGUUCACAGCCGUCAUCGACAGACUCGCCAAGAGACGGCGCCUCCCGUCAGUCAUCUAGAAAUAACCUGAACGGCAAUGGCUAUUCAGGUCUCUCAGCGGCACCAGCUCAAAGAGGUCCUAACGGCCAGCCUCCCAUGAACCGCCAGGCCUCAUCUCUUUCUCAACCUUCACAAACAUCACUCUCACCUGGUCUAAACCAGCAAACGGCAGCGAUGAAGGUCAAGCUGAGCUUCAACGGGGAUCUGAUCGCUAUUCGCGUACCAAACGAUAUCCAGUUCCGAGACCUGUACGAGAAGAUACGAGAGCGUCUGAAGAUUCCGGCCGGCGAGCAGAUCCAGCUUUUCUACAAAGAUGAGGCCACCGGCGACCGGCCGUCAAUGAUUAGCAACAAUGACCUGGACUUAGCUUUGCAACGGAAUGAGAAGCUACUGCUCUAUGUUGAGCAGGUGUGA